UAAUUCUGUAACGUCCUGAACCUGUUGACGAUAUCUGAUACACUUGUCGACUUUGUGAAGACAGAUAGAGUAGCAGAGCUUCGGCAGGAUGAACCUGAUUCGUAGAAAUCACACUGUUACACAAACGAUCACUAGGGGAUUAGUGUUCAUGUAAAAUGAACCAACAGGCGAAAAGAAUUGUCACGUUUAAUUGGUAUCUGCUGAAUAUUGAUCGAAACUUUAGUCAAAUUCUGUGGGAGCAGCGGUUACAAAAAUGUGGUAAGAAAAAGAAUAGUGACUAUCAAUGGGGACAUCAGUGACCUGCAGUUAUUACUGGUGUCUGGAGAUAACCCGUUUGACAAUUAUUGUGACCCUUGCUGGUGUUACUCUGCAGAAUAAUAGCGAUGUUUGUGACUGGAUAGAAAGUGGACUGAAGCAAGAAGCAUCUAAGUCAUAUGAAGUCAAGACUAUUUAUUUGCGGUGUGCACAAGGAAGGAUUGAAUGGAAAUAUCCGCGAGGGGCGCUGCGAGUUGUGUUACGUCAUGGAACUUCCGGUCGAGAAUUUCAAGGGUGCCUUCAAGCUGAUGAUCGAUUUAGUGGCGCCAGUAUUUACAUAGAAGGACAUAGAAAAUUACAUUUAUUGUUCAGCAAAAUUGACGGAAAACAUCCAAAACUGUUUCGAUGUUUUACCUCUCAAAACGGAGAAAUAGCGCUUUACGUUGAAGCGGAGCAAUUUAACAACAGACUACAGAAAGAGAUAGCAGCCUUUAACUAUGAUCUCCAGCCAUUUUCUGGCAAAACUAUAUACAAUAAGUUAGAUGAGUGUCGUCCGUGUACAGAAGAAGAACUAGUUGGAUUUUACUGUGGCAGUAGUUUUGUGUUUGAAGGAUUAAUAAACACCAUUGUCCACCGAAAUGAUCUCCAAUGGUCAGAGCUGACAGUUCAAGUAACCCGGAUGUACAGAGACAGUCAGAAGUCGGUACUUUCUAAAGUUACACACAACACAGAUAGCACUGUUAUCCAACAAGCUCGUCUCUACAGGCCUUUGAAGUGUGGCUCAAAGCCCAGCUACGAGGAAUUCUUAUUUAUGGGUAGAUGGAAGCUGGGGAAUCCUAUCCUGCAUUGCGCUCCAAGGUUAGCAGAAUGGAGGAAGGUUAGAAGGAAAGUCUUAGAAGAGGGUAAAAACCAAUGUAUAUUGGAAUAAAAGAGCCUAAUAAUUAAAACAUAUUUUACUGUACAAUCAGUGUGCCCUUAUAUCCAUUAGGAGUAACAAAAAUCCCACCUAAAGUGAAGUUCAAACUGAAAACUUUUCUUAUUGUUUCUGCUAUUAUUAGAAGAAGAUUUAUAUAACAAGAAAAAAGUGAAAAUUAAUUUUUUUUUUCAAAAUAACCAAUGAGCAGUUAGCAACUGAUGAUUUUUGGAUGGUUGUUGUCCCUGCAAUGUUUUUCUACAUAUCAGCCUAUCAUGGUUGUUAUUGGUGCUGAUCCAGUUAUGAAAAUGAAAAUUAUUUCCAUACAGACUUAUUUGGUGAUUUAGGGACUCGAUUAAAUCACAGUUUCCCUCGUCAUUCAAAACAAAUAAGCUUGAAUUCUAGACUAGAGAGUGGAAUAUAACGUGAAAUGAAUCUUAAAAUAAAAAUGUGUUCAUAA